AUGGAAUCAAAAUCAUCCGAGGUAGGGAGUUUGAGAGAUGGGCCGCGACCCAAGCUCUCGUUACCUUUGAGUUGCGAGCCGCCGCAAGACAAUGCGCCACGGAAACAGCUUGUAUGGAUUGUCUUUGGUGGAACAGGCCAUAUGGGCCGCUCUCUUGUAAAAUGUGCUCUGGCAAGAAAUGAUUGCGUCUGCGCUGUCGGCCGGGUAUUUGAGACCGCGCCCGAGGCAAUGGCGGAGCAGCACUCGGGCCCAAACGCACUUGGCCUUUUAUGUGAUGUCCGCGACCGGGAAUCAGUAUCCCGGGCCAUUGAGCGUUGUCUAGAGCACUUUGGCCGGAUCGAUGUUGUGGCGAAUUGCUCAGGCUAUGGAGUGAUAGGCGCCUGCGAAGACCAGGACGAGCACGAGAUCCGGAACCAGUUUGAGACCAAUUUCAUGGGGACUCUACAUAUCAUCCAGGCCUCUCUGCCGUACUUCCGCUCCCAAAACAACGGGCGCUUCCUAAUCUUCAGUUCAACCAGUGGCGCACUCGGCGUGCCUGGCCUCGGCCCAUAUUGCGCAACCAAGUACGCCGUCGAGGGCCUCAUCGAGGCCAUGCUGUACGAGAUUGACUCGUUCAACGUCAAGGCGACGCUGGUCGAGCCGGGCCUGGUGCGGCGGGACGAGCCCGACUCGGAGGACAACCCCCUGCCGACCUGGGGCCACUUCCUCAUCAAACCGGCGUCCGAGGCCUACGCCCAAGCCACGAGCCCGGCUCUCCACGCCAAGCGCAUGGUGCAGUGGCUCGGUGACCGCCAGCCGACGAGCGCUGUCAAGUGCGCCGAGCUCGUCUGGCAGCUCGGCCACUGCUCCUACCCGCCGCUCCGGCUGGUGCUGGGCAGCUACGCCAUUGAGAGCAUCCGGGACCGUCUCAAGAGCGUGACCGAGGAGCUCGAGGACUGGAAACACCUCAACUUCCCGGUGACCGCGGACGCGCCGAGCGAGGAUGCCAGCAACAAUGUCGCCUCGGAGAGUGGCGACAGAGAUAGAGAGGGCGAUGACGACGGCGAGGUAGACGAUGAUGGUGACCAGGAUAUGACUUGA